UUUACUUUUUCCAAGUUUUUCCUUCUCUGUACUUGUAAACCUUUGAUACCCUUUUUGAUAGUUUGUAUCUCGGUUGUCCAAGCUUGAUAUAUAUACACCUAUUUAUAUACACACUGGUAUAUACCACACACACACACAUAUAUAUAUAUAUCAACUUGCCCUCAACUAGUUCUUUCAGCAGCCAAGACAAUCCUCAACACCUUUGCCAUGUCCUUGACUCCCCAACAAGUCAAGCUGGUCAGAGACACCAUUCCAGCUCUGACGGAGCAUGGAGAGCUCAUCACAACCCUCUUCUACCGGAAUAUGCUCACGGCUCACCCAGAGCUCAAUGAUUACUUCAACACAGUCAACCAGGCCAACGGCCGUCAACCUCGUGCUCUGACGGCCAUCAUUCUCAGUUUCGCCAACAACAUUAACCACAUUACAGAGUUGAUUCCCAAAAUGGAAAGGAUGUGCCAGAAGCACUGCUCUCUCGGCAUAUUGCCCGAGCACUACGACAUUGUGGCCAAGUAUCUCAUCGCCGCGUUUGGAGAGGUUCUCGGACCAGCCAUGACGCCCGCCGUCCAGAUUGCCUGGAACAAGGCCUACUGGUUGCUUGCAAAGAUGCUCAUCGGGCGAGAAGCUCAGCUGUACCACGACUGGCAGCAUUGGCAGGGCUGGAGGCGGUUCCGCAUCGAGCAAAAGGUGGAGGAGUCGGACGACAUUUACUCGUUCUACCUUGUCCCCGAGGACGGCAAGCAACUGCCAAGCUUCAUGCCAGGCCAGUAUGUCUCUGUGCGCGUUCAGCUUCCGGAUAAGGGAUAUCUGCAGUCGCGGCAGUAUUCUCUGUCUGAGAGGCCCAAGCCGGACUAUUAUCGUAUCACGGUCAAGCGUGAUCGAGGGUCACAGACGGCACGACAGCCGAGUUAUCUGUCAAACUCGUUUGGCACCAACCCUGGCGUUGUCUCCAACAUGCUCAUUGACCAGAAGAACGUUGGAGACAUUUUAGAACUCACCCACCCAGCCGGAGAGUUCUUCCUCGACACGUACAACACUUCCAGCUCCCCUCUGGUUCUCAUCUCCGCCGGUGUUGGCGUCACCCCCAUGGUAGCCAUCCUCAACUCCGUUGUUGAGAAGCAGCCCAACCGGCCGGUGUCGUGGGUGCAAGGAUCGCGCGACUCGAUCCCCUUCUACCUUCACGUUCGCAAAGUCUCCCGCGACAAGCCUCACAUCAAGACCAAUAUCUUCAAGACACGCCUCGCGGAAUCCGAUCUGGCGGGCGUCACGUAUGAUCACGACGCCCGGGUAGAUCUUGCCAAGGUGCACUCGGAAGACUUGUGGCUGAGCCACUCAUCCACCGAGUACUUUAUCUGUGGGCCGGAGCAGUUCAUGAUGGAGAUGGCUAAACGCCUGAGGGAGCUGGGCGUGAGCAGCGACAGGAUCAAGCUCGAGCUUUUCAGCACGGGUGACACUGAGUUCCAGGUUGAUGCUUUGAGCAUUGCUUCUGGACGGUCUCAGGCGACAUCCUCCUGCAGCAGCAGCAAUUAAAGGACUGAGGCUGUCUACAUCUAUGUACCUAUAUUACAUAGACACAACACCACACACGUACGAAAUUAAUAGGGUAGUACCCCCUCCCAUAUAUGAGGAGAGGAAGAUGGCGGGGGGUUCAAGGUCAUGGAGUAUAGAGGUAGAACCGGGCAAAUCGCAGGAUUGGAAGGGCAUUUUACUGGGCAGUAUACGACAUGUUUGACGAAACUUCCAACAAAAAGAGGCUGGCUAAAGAGAAAAGGGAGAAACUUUUAUUUUUUGCAUAAGUCGAUAGUGGCUUGCGGAACAGAUGGCAUGGCGUUGUAAUAUUUAUUUGUUUUCCUUUUGAUUAAAGAGAUUGAGCCUUUUACAAGGUCAUUUUUUGAAAGAGUUUUUGUGAAAGUGAUAGUUACAUUUACUAUUAGUGAUUCAUGACGCUCUAGAUAUUCUGACGAAUGAAUAGCAGUUGUGUCCAUGACAAGUCGCUUCCAAAACUAUAUAAUCAACUCAAUGGCAUUGCAAAGAAAGUUCCACAUUAAUGCUCACCCAUUAUCAAGUCCUUGACGGCUGCUUCGCAAACCUGUUGCUCCAGAACCCAGGCCACCAAUCCUUGACCUCCUCAACCAGCCAUCUCGCAAUCGCCGCAUUCGUGUCCUCGGCCUUCUCCGCCGCGACGUGAUGCCCAGCCUCGAUGAUCGUCUCCGUCAGAUUCUCGCACUUUUGCCUCAUAUAGACGGUGCCCCUUGGGUUUCGCGCGGAGUCGCUGACGCUGUCCCAUCUUGCGGAGACGAAGAGCACCGGCAUGAGAAGCUUGCCGUCGUGCUUGCUGUUGGCGAGAUUAUACGCCCCGUUGGCCUCGUGGUUCAGGUAGUAGCAGCCAGCGGACCGGAAGCCCGUCUUUUCCAUGGCGGCCACGAGCUCCUGGAAGACGUCAAGCUUCAUGAUGAGGUCCUCGUCCUUGACGGCUGACACUGG